GUGUAUAGUAUGAAGCAGCUGUGCAGUGUCUAUCUCCCGCGUAAGCGCGUACGCGUAACUACAACGCAAUCUUAUUUAAAAUAUACAAUCACCGAGCAAGUUACAACAUAUUUUACAAAGCUAUUCUGCUUACUAAAAUUUGAAAAAUUCCUUCAUUUGUCUACUUUUGCAAAAUGGAGCGCCCAGCUGUGGAUCAAAUGACGAAAGAAUCGUUCUAUAACGACGCCAAAGAUUACUGGAAAGAUAUCCCCGCGACAGUAGACGGAAUGCUGGGUGGAUUCGGCCAAAUCUCUGGCGAGGACAUCAACGGCUCGCUGGAGUUUCUCAAACCUUUCCUCACGUGUGCCUGGGCGGAGCGGGUAGGGUCUAACCGAGCCCUUGACUGCGGCUGCGGCAUCGGUCGCAUCACCAAGCAUCUCCUGCUACCGCUCUUCCAGCAUGUGGACAUGGUGGAACAGACGCAGAAGUUCCUUGAUGAGGCGAAGCAGUUCAUAGGUGAGGAAGCCAGUCGGGUAGAGCGGAUGAUAUGCCGUGGUCUCCAGGAGUUCACGCCUCAGCCAGAGCACUACGACGUCAUCUGGUGCCAGUGGGUCCUGGGACAUCUAACGGACGAACACAUGGUGCACUUCCUGAAGAGAGCCAGAACGGGGCUCACGGAAACCGGAAUGAUUUGCGUGAAGGAGAACAUUGCUAAGAAAGGGGUAGUGUUCGAUGACCAGGACAGCAGUGUGACUAGGUCGAAUCCACAAUUGAAAAAGAUCUUUGCAUUAGCAGGGCUGACCAUUGUGAAGGAAACUGUUCAGAAACGAUUCCCCUUAGGUUUGUUUACAGUGAGAAUGUAUGCCUUGAGAUGAUUGCAAGUUUUUACUCCAAGCUUUUUAUACACCAAGUAUAUUUUUCCAAGAGUCAUAGUUCUAGGAAAAUGUGUCAUUCUUUACAUUGUGGAUGUAAAUAGGUUCCUUGCAAUCGCUAGGGUAAUGAUAAUUGCUGGGCCUGUAGGAAAAGCAGUAUUAAUAUUGAUGACGCUACCAACUUACCAGUGAUAAUAAGCCAGUGGGUACAUGUAUCUGUGCAUGGGCAGAUAAAGGUAAUUUGUACAAAAUUGUAAAACCCACCAAAAUGAAUAUUUGAUACAUGUUCUUUAGCAUUUAUGAAUCAAUAUUAUUGCAGUGCAUGCACCAACAGGGUAUUCUGUGAUACACAGGUGGAAAUAUUCUUCUCAAGCGAGCAAACAAAGAUAUUCAAGAAUCACCUCCGUAACUUGGGCAGUGAUUAUUCUAAAAAAAGCACCAAGUGCGACUUCUCCAGGAUUGAAAGAUCAUUGGAUAUUUGGGGUCAUUUAUACUGUGUGCCAAGUACAAACUAGUCUGUAGGACACAAUUAUUUAAUUACUAUCAUCUUUAAGUCUUGCUCCUGCAUGAAACUGCAAGCCAUUAAAAAUGCAAAAUGAAAUGAAAUUAAACAUAUUGGGUUUUGUAUCUCUGUUUCCUGGUCUUCUAGUAAACUUUUGGUAUACAAAAAGAAAAAAGUAAGAAAACAUAAUAAUUGGUCAAAUGGAAUCUCAAAUAUUAUACAGUAAUGUACAUCCAGAA